AUGAGACAUAAUUCAUUCGCCCCACUCCUCUUGCUGGCUCCUGCGACCAUCAUCGCAGCGACUUUGCGUCAGAGAGAGCUCUCUCCUGCUACUCAAUUAAGCGAUAGCUGGGCAUACUCUGGUUGUUAUGUCGAUUCCAUCGCAGUACGAGCACUUAACUCUGCAUCCCAGGGAGAUGGGACUAGUAUGAGCGCUCAAACCUGCACUGCCUUUUGUGGUGCACGUGGUUACCCUGUAGCUGGCUUAGAGUACGGCUCAGAAUGCUGGUGUGGUACGGCUCUCCCGUCGCAGGUUGCAACCGAUCCUGCUACAUGCAACAUGCCUUGUUCAGGUGACUCCCCCCAAGUAUGUGGCGGUCCAGAUAGACUUACUGUAUACUCGCGACCUGCAUUUUCACGAACCAAGCCAAGCCCAACUGGCUGGCAGUCUCUCGGGUGCUACACCGAUAAUGUUAGUGCUCGUACCCUUUCAGAUCCGCGUGCAGCUGGCGACCAAAUGUCGGUCGAGCUUUGUGCUUCUGCUUGUGCUGGGUCAAAAUAUUUCGGUGUGGAGUAUGCUGGCGAGUGCUUCUGUGGCGACAAUAUCCUGAAUGGAGGCACGAGUGCAUCGGACGGAUGCAACAUGCCUUGCAGAGGGGACACAAGCGAAUUUUGCGGAGGCUCUAACCGUUUGAACUUGUAUCAAGCUGUUCAAUCCCAGCCAGAGCCUGUUUGCGCACCCACGAUUCAGACCGGUGGACAAAUCUUCAACGGUGGCUUCGAACUCGGCUCAACCUGGACACGCAACCCGUCGACCACUGGGAUCUCAAAGGAAGUCUCUGGCCUAGCAUAUGAAGGUUGCUACUCAGAACUCAUAUCGCCUAUAAACCCUGCUAGCGCGUUGCGGUCGGUUGCUAUUGUAUCCAACGCGGGCGUUACCCCAGGCAGCGUGCACACCUUUUCCUUCUACCUUGGCCGUCGCAGUAGCUCAGCCGGCUAUGGUGCUUUAGUAAAUAUGAAAUUGACUACGCCAGCUGGUGUGGUGUAUUGGGGAUUGACAUUCCAGGCAUGUGCGGGCGCUCAAUGCAACCUUGUGGGUACAGGAGGCACGGUUUGGAAGAAAUAUCAGACCACAAUCUACUUCAACUAUGCUCAGAGCCUACCGCUUACCAUUACCACGAGCUGGAGUGGUGCGACUAAGCUUGAUGGUACUGAUGAUGUGUUCAUUGAUGGUAUCACUAUCACCUAA